AUGAGUGUUCGCCUGCAGAGUUCCUCCGCCAGCUAUGGAGGUGGUUUUGGUGGUGGCUCUUGCCAGCUGGGGGGAGGCCGUGGUGUCUCCACCUGUUCAACCCGGUUUGUCUCUGGGGGCUCUGCUGGGGGAUACGGGGGUGGCAUGAGCUGUGGCUUUGGUGGAGGGGCUGGUAGUGGCUUUGGGGGUGGCUUCGGAGGUGGCUUUGGUGGGGGCUUUGGCGGUGGCUUUGGUGACUUUGGUGGUGGCAGUGGUGGCCUCCUCUCUGGCAAUGAGAAAAUCACCAUGCAGAACCUCAACGACCGCCUGGCCUCCUACCUGGACAAGGUGCGUGCCCUGGAGGAGGCCAACGCCGAGCUGGAGGUGAAGAUCCGUGACUGGUACCAGAAGCAGGCCCCCACCAGCCCCGAGCGUGACUACAGCCCCUACUUCAAGACCAUAGAAGAGCUCCGGGCCAAGAUCCUGGCUGCCACCAUUGACAACAACCGAGUCAUCCUGGAGAUUGACAACGCCAGGCUGGCUGCAGAUGACUUCAGGCUCAAGUAUGAGAAUGAGUUGACCCUGCGCCAGAGUGUGGAGGCCGACAUCAACGGCCUGCGCCGGGUGCUGGAUGAGCUGACCAUGUCUAAGGCUGACCUGGAGAUGCAGAUUGAAAGCCUGAACGAGGAGUUGGCCUACAUGAAGAAGAACCAUGAGGAGGAGAUGAAGGAAUUCAGCAAACAGGUGGUAGGCAAGGUCGAAGUGGAGAUGGAUGCCACCCCAGGCAUUGACCUGACCCGCGUGUUGGCAGAGAUGAGGGAGCAAUACGAGGCCCUGGCAGAGAGGAACCGCCGGGACGCAGAAGAGUGGUUCCACAGCAAGAGUGCAGAGUUGAACAAGGAGGUCACAACCAAUGCUGCCAUGAUUCAGACCAGCAAGACAGAGAUCACGGAGCUCAGGCGCACACUCCAGGGCCUGGAGAUCGAGCUGCAGUCUCAGCUGAGCAUGAAAGCUGGGCUGGAGAGCUCGCUGGCAGAGACAGAGUGCCGCUACGCCCUGCAGCUACAGCAGAUCCAGGGGCUCAUCAGCAGCAUCGAGACCCAGCUGAGCGAGCUCCGCAGUGAGAUGGAGUGUCAGAACCAGGAGUACAAGAUGCUGCUGGACAUCAAGACGCGUCUGGAGCAGGAGAUCGCCACCUACCGCAGCCUGCUGGAGGGCCAGGAUGCCAAGUAG